AUGUGUCCACGGCCGAUUGAACUACUAAAUGCCUCUUCCUCGUCCUCAUCCACUACUGCAUCACAAUACCCACCGCCAACAGGAAUUGAGUCGAUAGUUCCCCAGACGGCAAUAUCCAAGUCUGCGUACGAGCAUGCCGCAAGCCUAUUGCACCCCGUGAUUCUCAACCACAGCAUCCGGGUGUAUUCAUACGCCAGAGCAUUGGCUGUCCAUGCAUCGUCAACCUACUCGAUGGACCCCUUGAAGCUCGACCUCCUCUUCACGGCGUGCAUAUUCCACGACAUUGGUACAACGUCUGCAUACGACGGUCCGCAACGCUUCGAAGUCGAAGGCGCAGAUGCGGCCGUAAAACACCUUUCCCAACACGAGGUCAGCGAGUCAGAAAAGCAUGAGGUUUGGACGGCCAUUGCAAUCCAUACAAGUCCCGGCAUCGCAGAGAGAAUUGGCGAGUUGUCGCGGCUGGUCAGGGUCGCAGUCAUAACGGACUUUGGGCGUAAAACUGAAGACUGGAAUCUAUUAUUGCCGCUGAAGGAGGAGCUAGAAGGGAUGUAUCAUCGUGGACAUAUCGAGAAGGUGCUUGGUGAUGCGGUGGUUGCGCAAGCGAUCGAGAAGCCUGCAAAGGCGCCCAUGGUAAGCUGGCCGGGUGUGAUGUACAAGGCCUGGCUUGCCGAACCAGAUUGGGAUGGAGUAAACAAAGGCUUCUGA